UGAGGCUCGAGGUCCGAGCGCUGCCAAGUGGUGGGCCUGAAGCCAACCUGAAGUGUUCUAAUAUAGCCGAGUGGGGUCCACAAAUCGGAGUUGUACCGGGCUCAACUCAACAACAAUCACCUCUAUUUUCACAUUCUUUCGACGGCAUUCAUGAGACUCGCUGGUUUGAGAUCUUAUCUAUCUUAUGAAUGGUUUGGCGUCUCGGCUCCCUUUGACCCAGCCUGUAGGCUUGUAACAUCUCCGUUCUUUUCUCCUCCAAGUCUCGGCGCACUUCGUCUGCUAUUUGCUGUCUAUUCGCUCGUUACAACAAUUACCGUUCUCGUUUUUGAAUCUGUCCGUUUUCACGACGGUAGCAGUUUUUUUUCAUACUUCACCGAUCUCAGUUACAUCGGCGUUGUCGCAUACUUCUGGGCCUCUAGCAUCCAAACCAUAGUAUUUGUUUUGCGGGGACAGAAGAUAUACCCUUUGCAAAAGUGGCCACGGAUCCUACAACUCUUGCAUGUCCUCCUGUACACCACCAUCACCAUAUUUCCAAUCAUCGUGACUGUUGUUUUUUGGGCUCUACUUGCUUCUUCGUCAACCUUUAGCACCCAGUACUCAGCUUGGUCCAACGUAUCCCAACAUAUCAUGAAUAGUAGCUUCAUUCUAUUUGAGAUACUCCUGACGAAUGCUGGUCCUAGUCCAUGGAGCCACAUCAUGCCAUGCUUCCUCCUUUUUGCGUGUUACCUCGGUGUUGCGUAUAUAACACAUGCAACGCAAGGAUUCUACACUUACAGUUUCCUUGAUCCAUCGGUACAGCACGAACUUUUAGCCGCUUACAUCAUUGGCAUGGGUGUUGGUUACUGCAUUCUCUUCACAAUCGUGAAGGGUAUCUGCACAUUGCGAUGCCGUUUGGUCUCGCCUUCCCGUUUGGACCCCUCCGAACAAGUACAAUCUGAAGCUCUAGAAGAGUGGGAACACAUUGAUGUCGAACAGACGAAGGAGUCAACUGGAUCUGAAGCUUAAGUAUCAAAACCCCCUUUGUUUAUUGCUAUCUCCAUGGUUUGGACCAAAUAGGUUUUAUUGGCUGCUGGUAGUGGAUUUCCCCUGGAACGUUAUGUCCGUCCCUACACUAUAAUAUUGAUUAUGUAUCAUUAUGCGACCCGUCUUCUUCCCCGCGGGGGUUGGCCUCCGCACACGGAUACCCUGUUGUCCCUUCGGGAACCAGAUACCGACGGUACCGACUCACCUGCUAGAACUUACCACGAGCUCAAUUCGUUCAGUAUGAUCGACUUACAGACACGUACAAUGACCAUGAUUGGUAUAUUCUGGAUGCUGAUUAUUCUGGGGUCUUCCUUUUACUCAACACGGAAGGCAUUCAACCAAGAUUCCGCGUUCUCACAGAUAAAAU